AUGGCAAACAACAAGUACUACGUCUCGCUUCCUACACAAGCACCUCAACACUCCAGAUCAGGCAGCCGUCGACCGCCUCUGACCCCAUCAACCGUCUCCUCGCCUUGCCUCACAACCCAUGCUCCAGUAGCAACUCGAAGAGACUCUGGCUCAGGAAGUCCCACCAAGGCUUCGGCCCUUCUCGCAAAGGUCGCCUCUCAUCCUACGUCUCCAAAGGGAGAGACUCCAGUAUCAAGUCCAAUAGCAUCAUCAAGACCUACUGAAACACACUCGAGUCCACUGUACACCCCGGAGAGACCAGCUGUUUGGAGAAGUGAGAGUGCUCGAUACGUCAGGCAGUACAAGAAACAGGACGGAUACAUCAGCUUUCCUGACUUUGAGAAGUUCUGUGCAACUCAGAACCCAUACGAAAGCCAACAUCGAGAGCAUACAGCUGUCAAGACAUGA